AUGGCAACUCUCGCUGAUUCCUUUUUAAAAGAUCUUGAAGAUCUUGAAUUAGAAGAUGAUAAUUUUUCUGAUUUCAACAUCCAAAAAAAGGAUAAUGAAGAAGAAAAAAUUGAAGAUAAUGAUGAUUAUGAAGAAAUAGUAGAUGCAAUUGAAGAAUUUUUAAAUGAGAGAAAAAAAAAAAAAGAACGUAAAAUAUCUGAAUUAUUAUAUAAUGAAGAAUUUCUUAAAAUGAUGAACGAUAUAAAAGAUUAUAUAAGAGAAGAAGAAGAGCAACAUGAACAAAUGAAUGAUAAUAAAGCAUUAAGAGAAAGAAGAGAAAAAGAUGACAAUGAAAAAGAAAAGGAUGAAGAAGAAGUAUUAAUUGAAAAAUGCAUUGAAUUAAUAAUUAAAAUAGAUACAGAAAUAUUAAAUAUACACAAAUAUGUAAAAGAUAUAUAUUCAACAAAAUUUCCUGAAUUAGAUUCUAUAGUUUACUCUCCUUUAGAGUAUAUAAGUGUUGUAAGUAAGAUUAAAAAUGAAAUUGAUCUAACAAAUAUUGAUUUUUCAGAUAUCUUACCAAAUACUACCGUUAUGGCUAUAACAGUUGCAUCUAGUAUGACGACAGGAAUUAAGUUAUCUGAUCAUUUACUAAAAAAUUGUUUAUCAUUUUGUAGUGAAGCAUUAGAAUUAAAUGAAAAUAGAAAAAUGAUUUUACUUUAUUUAGAAAGCAAAAUGUUUUUAUUAGCUCCAAAUUUAACUAUGUUAUUAGGUAGUGCAUUAACAGCUCGUUUAAUUAGUUCUGUUGGAUCAUUAAAAAAUUUGUCUGUUACAUCAUCACAAAAUAUAAUAGUUGUUGGAGGAUCAAAAAAAUCAGUUUUAGGAUUAAGUAAUGUUAAUAAGACCUUCGGUAUAGGGAUUUUAAGUUCAUCUGAAAUUGUUCAAAGUGUUCCAGAUUCCUAUAAAAAGAAAGCAAUUAAAUUAUUAGCAGGAAAAUGUAGUUUAGCUGCUAGAAUAGAUUACUUUAAAAAAUAUAGAGAGGGGCAAUACGGGUUAUUAUUAAGAGAAAAUGUUAUUAGUCAUUUAAUAAAAUUACAAGAACCCCUUCCAAUGAAACAAAAGAAAAUUUUGCCUAUGCCAGAUGAAAAAAGAAGAAGAAGAAGAGGAGGAAGAAGAUAUCGAAAGUUAAAAGAAAAAACUCAAAUAACAGAAUUAAGAAAACAAAUUAAUAGAUUGCCAUUUGGGCCAAAUACCACUGAUGAUUUUUAUAUAUUCAGUGAUCAAAAUACAACAUUACUAAAUUCAAAUAUAACUAAAUUAAAAUAUCAAACUAAACAGAAAAGUAAUAUUUCUAAGAAAAAAAAUAUGAAUAUACAGUCAAGUGGUGUGACUGGAGGUUUAUCUUCUUCUUUGAUUUUUACCCCUCUACAAGGUAUUGAAUUAUAUAAUCCGUCAGUUAAUCAAAAAAAUGAUCAAAAUGAAAAUAAAUAUUUUUCUAGUACAGCUCAAUUUCGUAAAGUACAAAGUAAAAUAUAA